AUGUAUCCAGUUAAACAUCGCGCUGAAUAUGCAAACUUUUCUCUCAUUCCAGAAUUUGACGGGUCGCGAGCAAGUGUCUGCCAAGGGUCGCCUCCAAGGAUCUCCGGGCCCUUGGCCUUCCUGGGGGGAAUCCUCCCAAGGGAGCCCAGGAAGGAGCAUGGCGGCUGCAGCGACGGCUUGCGCGUGACCAUGGCCGACGACGGGAGUCGGCACAAGAGCAGCUCGCGCGCGACGACGGCGAUUGCGCUCCAAGAGGGCGGCGACUCUAUGGGUCGUUGCCACGGUGGUGGGAGGCCCAGACUUCGACCACUCUUUCAAGCUCGCGGCAGGCGACCGCGGUUCAAGCACUCAAGCCGCCUCCACGGAGCUCACGCAUCCUUCAGCACGCGCCGGACGAACGCAAUCAACGCUCAAGUCAAGUCUCCAUGGGACAGCGGCCGACGGCCGCACAACAGGAGGUUCAUGGCCCCUGUCCUGUAUCUGCCGACCUCGUGGGUGGCGAGUACGAACCACCUGACCUCGCUUGAGGUCGCGCUUUGCACUAAUUUUCAGACUCUCCCACCAGACUCUGGGCCAGAGAGCCCCCUCCCUAGUGACGCUUUGCACAGGUGAGCCCCCCGGUCUUUAGUAGUCGUUCGCGAUCGCAUUAGCUAAGUGACAAUAAUGAUCCUCAAUUCAAAAAC